AUGUACGAGACCGAGGAUAACAAGACGGUCGCUGCUGCUCUUUGCGUCGGUCUCGCGGAGACCAUCAACAAGGUUGGCCCGCGCUUCCUCGAUGGCUACCUCGAGCAGCUCUGCACCAUCACGGUACAGAUCUUGAAGCAGAAGGCGUUGUGCCAGCAGGAUCCCAAUCAGGAUGACGCCGAUGAGGCUCCGGAGGAGUCUGCAGAGUACGAGUCGGUGCUCAUCUCGUCCGCGCAGGACCUCGUUGCCACCAUCGCGAACGUUCUCGGUCCAAUGUUCUCGCAGCUGUUCGCCACCUUCCUUCCGCUCAUCGGGAAGUACUACAAAAAGAACCGCUCGCUCAGUGACCGCUCUGCCGCUAUCGGCUGCCUGGCCGAGCUCAUCGACGCGCUCAAGUCGGAGGCCACCAAUUGGACGGAGCCGCUGCUCGAGCUCUUCUACACCGCACUCAGCGACACGGACGCGGAGCAGGAUCUCUCGCAACAGUACCUGCCCAUUCUCGGCAAGCUGGAGCCGCUCUUCGACGUCGUUCCUACGGCCAGCCCGCCUGCGCGCUUGAGCGCGAAGGACAACGCUGCUGGCGCCGUCGGCCGUAUGAUCGUCAAGAACACUGGGGCACUCCCUCUCGAUCAGGUCUUGCCCAUGCGAACGGCAGCACGCCUGAGUCUGCCUUCGCAAGGGAUUUUGAGCGCUCGCUCACAGCGCUUGUUCCGGAGAGAAGCGCCAUUCUUCGCGUUACGGAACACGGCGCUUGCAACCGCCCGUGUUCAGUCCUCGACACAUCAACGUUCCUGGUGCACCAGCGCCUGCAAGUCUGCCCAAUACACCCCGCAAACCGAGCAGAUUCGCUACAUCGCCGUCGAUACAGCUCAUACCAUCUUCGCCCAUGGUCGAGCGCGCGAUCUCUAUGUCGUCUCAGAUGAGAGUGAUGAAACAUACAUACUCCCUGACGACUCGUGGAUCGCCAUUGUGUGCGAUGCGAGUACCAAUGACGCCGCGGACCUUCCAUCAGGGUUCUUCGUCGCACCGCGCGAUGCCUACAUGUCGGAUGUCAUGGCGGUCGGCGAUCGGACACAGGGUGGCGAGGAGGCUGCUUCCCAGGCCGUUCUUCGUUUUGGCGCUAAGGCUUGCGGUCUGGAUACCGUGUAUCGUGACUGGCGCUUCCCCGUCAAUUUCAACCCUACGAUCCACAUCAGUGAAGAGGCACGGAAGAUGUUCAGUCCCGACCACACGAUCUGCUACUGCAUGGCUUGGCGCUGGAUGUACGAGUUCGGCUAUUGCUUCAAGCGGACGCAUCACGCCGAUGGCCACGAGCGCCCCGACGUUGUUGCAUGCAGCGACACUGUUACUCCGUCUAUCUUGCGCGAGGCCCGUGAUGCGCAACGUGUGUUCUCCUGCGACGGCGAGCUCGUAUCGGAACCAAGCGAGCAAAAACCUGUCGUGCUCUGA